CACAGCCUUCAACAUGCUCUGCUCUGGCGGCAGCAGUGGCUUCUUGGUGAUAUCUCGGCCAUGACAUACAUUUGACAUGCCCUCCCUUAACCCUCGGGGAGACAGUUUCUCUUGCGUUGCAGCAUGGACCAAAGAGAAAUUCUGCAGAAGUUCCUAGAGGAGGCCCAAACCAAGAAAUCUAACAAAGAAGAGUUCGCCAAUGAAUUUCUGAGGCUGAAAAGACAAUCCACAAAGUACAAGGCAGACAAAACCUAUCCUACAACUGUGGCUGAGAGACCCAAGAAUAUCAAGAAAAACAGAUACAAGGACAUCUUGCCCUAUGACCAUAGCCUAGUAGAGCUCUCUCUGAUAACCUCGGAUGAAGAUUCCAACUACAUCAAUGCCAACUUCAUUAAGGGAGUUUAUGGACCCAAAGCUUAUAUAGCCACCCAGGGACCUUUGUCUACAACUCUCCUGGACUUCUGGAGGAUGAUUUGGGAAUACAGUGUGCUGAUCAUUGUUAUGGCGUGCAUGGAGUUUGAGAUGGGGAAGAAAAAGUGUGAGCGCUACUGGACUGAGCCAGGAGAGCUACCACUGCAGGUUGGCCCCUUCUCCAUAUCCUGUGAAGCUGAAAAUAGAAAAUCUGAUUACAUAAUCAGGACUCUAAAAGCCAAGUUCAAUAAUGAAACUCGAACUAUCUACCAGUUUCAUUACAAGAAUUGGCCAGACCAUGAUGUGCCUUCAUCUAUAGAACCUAUUCUUGAGCUCAUCUGGGAUGUGCGUUCUUACCAGGAGGACAGCAGUGUUCCCGUGUGUAUUCACUGCAGUGCCGGUUGUGGAAGGACUGGCGUGAUCUGCGCUAUCGAUUAUACCUGGAUGUUGCUGAAAGAUGGGAUCAUUCCUGAGAACUUCAGUGUUUUUAGUUUGAUCCAGGAAAUGCGAACACAAAGGCCGUCAUUUGUUCAAACUCAGGAACAGUAUGAGUUGGUCUACAAGGCUGUAUUAGAACUAUUUAUGAGACAGAUGGAUAUUAUCGGGGAAAAGAACUCAGGAACAGAGAUUCAAGAAGAGUAUUCAGUUCUUGAGCAAAAUCCCCCCCUAGAAGCAGAGUCUUAUUGUAAUUUACCAAAAAGUGGCAUAAAAGAAGCAAAAAUGUUGAACCCACAGAACAAACAAAGGAUAAGGCUGAAAAGUGCAGACGCUUCUUCCUUUGACCUCAGGACUCCUGAAAUAAGUGAAAAGGAAGGGUUAGUUUUACACCCCGCUGAACAGAGCAGUUCUUUUGACAUUUUGGAGCUAAAUUGCGGUUGUAACAAAAAAGCUGAUGGGACCAUGAAAUGGGAGCCAAAGGCAUUUCCGGUAGUUGGGGAGCCUCUUCAGAAACAUCAGAGUUUAGACUGGAGCUCCAUUUUGUUUAAUUCUAAACCUGCAAGUGUAGCAGGGGGAUGUUUUAAUUUAAAGGGGCCGAUAAUGCGGACCAAAUCAACUUCCUUUGAACUGAUGCAACAAAGAGACACCAAGGAGCUGGACACCAAGGAGAAUGUUUUGUGUUUGGAAUCCCAACCGCAUGACCCUUGUCUUGAGCAGGCUCAGAAAACGAUGCGAGUUUCUUCCGCAGAACUGAAUUAUUCACUGGCAUCUGACUCUCAGCACCAACCGUGCAAGGCCUCUAAUGCAAAGCAGCAGGCCUCCAGUGCUCUUAGGGUACAUUCUUACACGUCUUUAGAAGAUCCUUUUUGUUCGUCCUUGUCCCCAAGUAGGACUGGUUCUAAGGUGUCUCUUGAUUUACCUGAGAGGCCAGAUGGAACUGCUUUGCCUCGUUCUCCAUUGCUGGCAUCCUCUGCAACCCUCUUCUCUUACGACAAUUCACAUGAUUCUUUAGCACUGAGCUCUCCCACUGAUUAUCCUCCACCGCUGGACCACGAGACAGGAGUAGUCGCAACUUCUCCAAGGUUAGACGAUGAAAUUCCCCCUCCACUUCCGGAACGGACCCCUGAAUCUUUCAUUGUGGUGGAUGAAACUGGAGAAUUCCCAUUGACUGUUCCCAAAUCCUUAUCUUCAGCUGUGAAGAGUGUAAAACUGCAGAGUCCCGAAUCAGAUCCGCCUCAGGAUCGUUCCUCUCCCCCUCCGCCUCCACUCCCAGAAAGAACCCUAGAGUCCUUCCUUCUUGCCGAUGAAGACUGUACGCAGCCUCUGUCUGUACGGACUUAUUCUACCAGUUGUCUUAACACCACGGACAAUUCAACAUCUUCAAAGCAGACAUUGAAGACUCCUGGAAAAAGUUUCACAAGGACUAAGAGUUUGAAAAUUUUGAGAAACAUGAAAAAGAGAACUGAGAGGAAGCCAUCACAGCUGAGAGUAUUAAGAAGAAAGAGCAACGAAGUGUGGCGAGUGACAAAAUGGUGGAGGUGGGGGAGAAGGUAUCGCAAAUUCAUCCCCCGCAAACAAGCCUGCAGACCCUGUUCCGUCAAAUUACUCCAGCUCCUUUCUGAAUUUUGGUUUUGCAAAUCGUUUUUCAAAACCCAAAGGACCAAGGAAACCACCAGCGACUUGGAAUAUUUAAUACAACUUUGGAAUAUAGCUGCAAGAACACCUGCAAAGAAAACUAGACUACUGUGAGCUAGAAGUGUUCCAUAUUUAUAAUUUUAACAAUGAAGACAUUGUAAUGUGUUAAUAGCAAUAUUAGAAAAGCCAUAAUCAAAGAGGUGACAGAAAUUUUCCAAUUUCAUCUCAUUUGCAUUGGGUUGGAAACUGGAAAUAAGUUUGUCACUUGGGCUUAUAUAGAGAAUGCUGUAUGAGAAAGUUUUAGAAUGGACUUAUUUUUCAUUUUGGAAGUUAUUUUUAUUCUACUCUUCUACAUAAAUAGAAACUGCAAAAUAUUUGUAAGAAUUGGAUCUCAACUGAAUGUUUACAUUGCCAGAUUUUACAAAGCGAGUGUUUCACGAAACCUGACUUAUGGUUGUGGUACAAAAUGAUACGAAAUGACUGCUUGUGACAAUGACUAGAAGUUGUUUUUGCCUAAGUGGAGUAUACCUUGCACAUCUUCCCAAAGGCGGAAAACCAGAGUAGUAAGAAAGGAAAAAGUUGUAAUUAAGAGAAUAUGUAAAUAAUAAAAAAAUCAUUUUUAUAUUUGGAUAUACCAAUCAACAGGAUGCUCAACUACAUUUCUGGUAAGUUUCAAUUAAAGUUGUUCAAUGAACAAAUCUAGAAGAAUAAUCAACAAAAUAGUUAUCUUUUUGUAGCAUUUUUUUCAUUUCAAAGGUCCUAUAUAAACAUGUGCAACUUAUAUCUAAUCAAUCAGAGAUACUACUAGUUUAAAAAAUUUAGAGGGGCGAGAGUUGGGGGAGGAGCAGAGAGAGAAAGAGAAUUUAAGCAGGGUCUGGCUGUCACUGGGCUCUGUCUCAUAACCCUGAGAGGAAAUCAAGAGUCUCAUGCUGAACCAGUUGAGCUAUCCAGGGCCCCUAAAAUUUUUUCUAUAAAACUAUGGAUCUGCCUUAAGAAAAUCUGAUUUUUCAAAUCAAAUUUUAUGUAACACGUAAGUUAUUGGGUAAUUAUUAUUACAAAAGAUUUCCCUGAGUUCCCCUCAUGAUUUAACUUUUGAAACUUAGAAAAGUUUAACUUUUAGAACCUAAAUUACUCAGCGUUUGUUCUUCAGUGCCUCAUUACAAAGCCAGAUGAGAGCGCGAACUGGAUGAAAUGUUAACCUCUUUAUUGCAGUACAUUGUACGCAACAGGUGCUCAAUAAACUGUUUGGUCUUCAAGCUAA